AUGAGCAAACGACAAUUCAAAUCUCAGGCCAGCAGCGGGCGAGCAGGUGGUACAUUUGGAGGCUUCGGGACAGCAGGCUUCGGGUCGGGACAGUCUUCAGCACUGUCAUAUGUCCAGGAGCCCCCCGACUACUCAACGAUCGAUGACCCGAAUGUGGUUGUUGCUUUCAAGAACCUCUCGAAGCGAGAUGGGACAACGAAGGCGAAGGCUCUGGAAGACCUACAAUCCUCCGUUAGUCCUGCGGAUGCCUUGAUACCAGACACUUCCCUGGAUUUAUGGGCCAAACUCUUUCCGCGCUUGUCGAUCGACAAUACUCGGCGUGUACGGCAACUCUCUCACUCUCUGAACGGAUUGAUAUGUUCAAAGGCCGGCAAGCGUACUGUCAAGCACAUGCCACGAAUAGCGGGUCCAUGGCUCGCUGGCACGUUCGAUAACGAUCGGACAGUGGCGAGAGCCGCGAGUGAAGCCUUGACGUUGGUCUUCCCGACAACGGAGAAGGUGCAAGGCGUAUGGAAAGCUUUCCAAAGAUCGAUCCUUGAGUAUUGUCGUGAUGCGACGCUGAAGGAAACAGUUGGCACGCUUAGCGAUGAGCGUACGGUGGGCGCCGACGAUGCAAAUGCUACCUACGCAAGGGUUGUUGCGACUAGCCUGUCGGUCAUAGGAAGCCUGAUGGCUGAGCUGCAAUUAGAAGAGCGCCAGAAGGAACAUGAUGUGUACGAGGAGAUCUUUGGCAACACGCAGAUAUGGGCGUUCGCAAGCCAUUCAGACCCUGCUGUCAGACGUGCCGUGUACAGAGUGGUCCGGGUCGUUAUCCAGCAGGAGCCACAUUUCGUUCGCAACAGCUUGGAAUCCAUCAGUACAGCUUUUCUGUACAAGGCACUCCACACAGACCAUUCCGGAUCAGCUGUCGACUAUCUGCACACGUUGAAUGUUAUGACUGCUGCAUUCCCUAAGAUCUGGGCCGAAGCAUACACCGGGAAGAAGCCGGCCAUGUCGCGAUUGCGCUACUUUCUGAAACAGGGCGCUCAAUCUUCGCCUGCUGAGUACUGGAGAGCACUAAACGCGCUAUUUGGUGCCAUACCACGUGAAGUCUUUCCGAGCUCGACGGAAGACUCGAAAGACCUACUGGAAGCAGCUCGCAGCGGUAUCGUACGCCGAGAGGAACGAUUCAAUGCGUCCGAGGCGUGGCCCACCUACUUCACGCUGGUCGGUAUUAUCGCAUCAAAGGGACCACCCAAUAGCACUGAGGACUUGCUCCGCGAGCACCUUCUGCCAGUCAUCAAGCAGUUCCUUUUCCCAUCCUCAGAGACAGCAGGGUACAGCAUCGCAGGACCCAAGCCUGCUUCAAUCGUUGCCAAAGCUGCGGAUGUCAAGGAACUGUCUUCAGUCCUUCAACAAGAGUGGCCACGAUUGGGCGAUGAGCUGAUCGAGCUUGCCGGGCUCUCGCAACCAGAGCAGUCUAAGGAGUUCGAAAAGUCGCAGACGCAAGUGGCUACAUCAGGCGAGCGUUGGGCUGACCUGCAGCGAGAGCUGUGGGCUUACCCGAACGAGCUGCCUAAGCAUAUGGAAACAACCUUCGUUACUACCAGCAUAAAGGUUCUGGACGAGAGCAUAGGCUUGAUGCGAUCUCGCAACGGAAAGCCUUAUGGAUCAGCGGCGAUUGUCGAGCAACUACUUCGCCAGUGUGCGGCUCAUUUACUUUCUGACGAGGCGUUUAGGAAGUCCUAUUUCGAGUUCGCUGAGGACGACUUGCCAGGAUUCAUCUUCGGACCAUCUCAAAGACACUUGAUCCAGGCAUUGUACGCUGCUUCGUCCGAUUCGCAGUUCCCGCCCAUUUUUGAGAAGCUCCUCAACAGCUUAAUCCAGAGCAGCGAGCCGAUGGAGACGAGAAUUGGUGCUUUGCGCUCGAUCUUUGUUCUAUCUGCGCCGACCGAAGUAAUCCCCGCUGCUAAGGACAUGAGCCAAUUCCAGGACUUUGUCAAGAACAACCAGGAGCUCGCACAGUCUGAUGCCGGCACCGCGCUCUUAGCAGAUCUGAUGCAAGUCAAAGCGCUACAGUCCGAGACCAUGGACUCUGUACUCUCAACAUUGGUGUCGUCGCUGAGCAUCGCUGACAAGAGUGAAACCAGCUUGUCAACGCUGGAUAAGCUUUCCAAGGCCGAUGAGAAUGCUAUCAAAGGCCUCAUCUCGCGCUCGGGCGAGACCGGAGACAACUUGCUACCGAGUCUUUUACGACUCGAACAGUCGCCGGAUGACACCAUUGCCGAACGAGCAACAAGUCUGGCCUCCCGGCUCUCUUCAGCCAUGGUGGAUUCCGCUCCUCAGGCGAAGUUCGGCAUUAUCAUACAGAACCUCGAGCGAGUGUCAGACGCAUCUUUGACCAUCGAUGCUGUUCUUGAUCUGACACGCCGCAUGCUCGGCCCUCAAGGCAAUAUCGAGAAUGUGGCAGACCUGCUUCCAAAUCUUGACACCUGGAAGGCAGCUUUGUGUGAUAUCAUACAGCCACCGAGACCUUCACUGGCCAUCUUGAGUCCGCUUGGAGGCGCAGUACAUCUGGUCCAGCCUGAAGCUGGCGUCAGCUCGACGCGGCCGGCUUACGAUUCCGAUGGCUUCUCUCAAGCUUUGAGAAUCGCAAUGUUCAUCAGCAUGCUCUCCCAGGAGUUUCAUCUCGUGGACAAGCUGGGCAGUCAUAAACAGGACGUGCUGGCAUGUAUGCACUUGACCGUACAGGUGGCCGAGGACAAUCUGAGCAUCGCUGGAGCAAAUGGCUUGAUAAAGUACUCUGGCUCAUCAGACUCGGAACUUACAUUGCUCGACUUUGUUGGAAGCUGCAAUCAGAUGUUCGAAAAAUACUUCAAGUCUCUAACUGCUCCGGUCGAAAGCGCAGAAGGGCAGGAAAGCUCUUCGUUCCUCGCAGCUUUCGACGCCAUAGCUAAGGAUCAUAGCGACCAGUCUCCGUUGGCCUACUACACCGCUCUGUCUUCCGCAAAGGUCCGAGAGAACCUCUUCGAAGUGCACGGCUCCUCGAGCAAGAGCUCAGUUGAAGCGGAACAGCACUUGAGAAGUCAACGGUCUUCCAAACGGACAUUGCCUCUGCUCUCUGGUAUUGUGGGCCUUCAGCUUCCUCUGUCCGGCACCCAGACAUUGACCAGGUUCUGCAAUGAGCUUGUUGCCGAUCUGAUGGACUUGGAUGCUGCAAGCAACGAGCAAGCCGGCCUAGAGAAGCUCGUGACUUUGAAUACCAUCCUCCGGACCCAGGAAGAUGCGGUCUCCAGCAUAGCGAAGCAGCGACUGAUCUUCCUCGUCAAGAAGCUCAUUCCAUGGCUCGAACUGGACAUCACCACACGUUCCAAAGCCGAAGUUUGCAGAGCGCUGGUCGAGUUGCUUCCGGGCAUGGCUGACAUGUACGGUGAGCAUUGGGAGCAAUCACUGGAGUUCGUGUGCAACUACUGGAGCUCGGUCACGGAUGAAGCAACCACGGGUGAGGUUCAAGAGCACAGCAUCCUCUUGCAGCAUUCGUCCCUCAAGCUCCUAGCAACACUCAACAAACUUGCGAAGUCAGACGAGCCGAAUGACGACCUCGCAGACGCUUUGAAGGACAGGCGUGAGAACAUCCGCGAUGGCCUGAUCAACGUUCUCAGGUCUGCCGGCGAUGCCAACGACGAGAUGCACCAGCCGCUCAUGGUCACGAACGAGCUCCUUGCCCGCCAGCUCGCGGCGUUGCCUUCAACUCCCUUUGAAGACCUUGGCGACCUGUUCCCGCUGAUGUAUGCUCCGUCACGGGCCAUUCAGCACGGUGCUUUCGACCUUCUCCAUCCGCAGAUACCGGCCGCUCAAGAGCAGAUCUCGUUUGAUGCUGCGCUGAACAACAAAACCGCACACCUGCCGGAUGAGCUUCUGUCUUUGAUCCUCGAGGCGCCAACCCUAGAUUCGCUGGUUGACGCCUCCUUUGACCGAACCAUGCCGCUGCCACUGCAAGGCUACCUGUUCAGCUGGCGAUUGCUCUUUGACCACUUCAACGGCUCCAGCUACAGAGUCAAGACCGACUAUAUUGAGCAGCUGAAAGACGGGACUUACCUGCCGGAUCUACUGAGCUUCACGUUCGACUUCUUAGGCCACAGCCGCGGCAAGCCGGUGGAUGCAUCGAAGUUCGACGUCCAGCACUACGUUGCUGACACAGAACCGAGUCCGGAGAAGGACGUACAAUGGCUGCUCUCCCACCUCUUCUACCUCGCACUCAUGCACAUGCCGACGCUUGUCAAGAGCUACUACCUCGACAUCCGCUCAAGACAGACUUCUCUCGCAGUCGAAAGCUGGACAGCCAAACACAUCAGCCCUCUCAUCAUCACCGCCUCGCUCGAGGAGGUCGCGGAGUGGUCCGAGAAGAGCGUGAAGGAGGAACCAGAGUACGAGAACAUGACUGUGAAGGUUGGAAUGCGCAGCAAGGAGAUCAAUGCUAGCUAUCUGGUUGAUGAGCAGACCAUGGCGAUGAAGGUCAUUCUGCCGGAUGCUUAUCCUCUUGCAUCCGCGCAGGUGCGAGGCGUGAACAGGGUUGCCGUGAAGGAGGAGAAAUGGCAGAGCUGGUUGCGGAACUGUUCAGGAGUGAUCACGUUCUCUAACGGCAGCAUCGCCGACGGCCUCUCCGCCUGGCGCAAGAACGUCACCGGCACGCUGAAGGGCCAGACUGAGUGCGCAAUCUGUUACUCUAUCAUCAGCGCCGACAAGCAGCUCCCGACAAAGCGCUGCCAGACGUGCAAGAAUAUGUUCCAUUCGAGCUGUCUGUUCAAGUGGUUCAAGACGAGCAAUGCGAGCACUUGUCCGUUGUGCAGGACUGCGUUCAACUAUGGCUGA